AUGGCGCCUCGCGUGCAGGAUGUCACCUUUCCCGUCAUCACCGUUGAUCUGCCCCGGGUUCAAGUGAAGGGUCGAUCGCACACAUACGAGCAAGCUCUGGAUCUGGCCGGCUUUGGUCGAGCCCAGCUUGGUUUGAUGGCUCUGGCCGGGUGCUGUCUGAUGGCCGCUAUGAACGAGUCCAUGGUCGCGAGCUUUGUCCUAUCAGCGGGACAUUGUGACCUCGGGUCGGACCCGGAAAAGAUCGGGGCGAUCGGCGGAGCGAUCUUUUUGGGAAACAUGUUAGCGUCCUACUUCUGGGGAUACCAGGCCGAUACUCGCGGCCGGAAGACGGUUCUCCAGUGUGCACUGUUUGCCACCUCGGCAUGCUCGGUGGUGUCUAGCUUUGCCACGGACUUCAUCUCUCUGCUUGUGCUGAGGUUCCUAGCAGGGCUCUGCAUUUCCGCUACAUCUGCCAUAGCUUACACCUAUUUGGGUGAGUUCUGCACCGCUCAACGAAGAGGACAAGUGGUGGCAUACGCAUCAGUGAUGAUCUCGUUUGGAGUUGUGUAUGUUGCUGUGGUAAGUUGGUGGACAUUAUCCUGCGACUGGCGGUUUACCCUAACUGAUACCUUCUCGUACCGACCGUGGCGAUUGCUGUUCAUUCUAUGCACCAUUCCGGGUAUGCUCGCCGGAGUUACGUUGUGCCUUCUACCGGAAAGUCCGAAAUUUUUGCUCUCUCAGAAUCGACCUGCUGAAGCGUUGCAGGUUCUUCGGAGUUUGCAUCGUAUCAACAGUGGUGAGGCAUGCGCCUACGGAGUCAUCAAACUGGUUCCGGAAGUCGAUGGAAACUUAACAAAAGUCGCAGGAUGGAGUGGUGUUCUAGCAUCGAUGAAGGAUCAGACGAUUCCGCUGCUGAAGAUGCCAUACCUAAAGAACUUCGUGAUCUGCUGUACAAACUGUGUCGUUGCUUUUUCUGCGUACAGCUUGUGCCUCUGGUUUCCUCAAAUCAUGGAUCAAGUACUGUCGGACAAGGGCACCGUCGCGUGCACCAUUCUUCAGAGUAACAACUCCAAUCAACACAAAGACGAUCUACAGUGUAACGAAACGAUUCAAACCGAGACGUUUCUCUACACGAUCCUUCUCGGAGUCACCGGAAUGUUCUGCAGUCUGGUUCUAUCCAUUAUCCUACGUCGAUUCUCCAGUAAACCGGUGAUGAUCAUCACCCUGGCCAUAGCUGGAACCGCCGGUAUCCUGCUUCAAUUCAUCACCAACAGUUACGCAGUGGCGGUGCUCUUCAGCGUCGAGAUCAUGUUCUGCGCGAUGGGCGUUACGCUGAUCAACGCCACGGCAGUUUCCCUGUUCCCAACGCACGUGAAGGGAAUGGCCACUUCGCUGAUCAACAUGAUGGGACGGUUCGGGUGCUUCGUGUUUGCAACCAUUAUCGGUACGUUGAUGGCCCAAAACUGUCCGGUGACUUUCUACGUGCUCAGUGGAUCGCUGUUCUUGUGCUCGGCGUUGUCCUGCUUUCUACCAUAA